GUUGAAAGGAAUAUAAAAAUUGAAAAGAAGGUUUGAAAAACUGUAACCUUCGCUAGACCUUUAACGUAUUAACAUAUUUAAUUCUAAUUUUCUUAUUUUUUAAGCUAUAUUUUACUUGUUACUUUCUUUCGAAGAAAGAAAUGUUAUUACCUAAUGCUAGAAGGUUCCUUGUUAACGUUCUACAGAAAGGGAGGGCUUAUUCGACGAACCUAAGAUGUACGAGCUCUGUGAACCGGGUACCGCCGAUAGUCACAUUCGACUUGUCGAGUCUGAAACAGUCGCUUGACAUAGCGGUGCCUCCUUUUCCCAGAACGUGCCCCAUAGGUAUACCACCAGCUACAGUCGUUGAGCUGCCGGUCAUCAGGAGGGAUGAGUCGCUCAAAGAGCCUACUUCGGUGGUCGGUGUCAAAGACCCGACUACAGUCGUUAGGCAAGAAGCGGCUCGCAUGAUUGUUAUAAGGCGGAGGAAAAUGAGACGGCACAAACUUAAAAAGUUGCGUAAAAAAAUGCAUUUCACCUGGGCUAAGGUCAGGCAGAAACGAGAGAUGAAAAAAGAGAAAGAAUUCCAAGCUGAGAUCAUGUGUAAGAUCAAUGAGGCCGAAAAUUUCAACGCUACUGCUUAUGUACAAGAGAAAAUAGACAAAGCCAACGAAGUGUUGAUACCAAAACUCUGGAAAGGGAAACGCUUGCCUGAGUUUGUUAUCAAAGAUCUUCUGGAAGAAAAGAAGAAAAAACAGGAGUUUAAAUUACAAAGAAUUGAAAAAAGGAAAAAACUGUCCAUGAAUGUGGCUGAUUAUAAGGUUUAAUCUAUUAAUUUUCUAUGUAGCAUUUUCAAUUUACAUUUUGUACAAUGUACAAUAAUAAAAUAAUCAUUAAAAAACCAGUUUCUAGAUUUUUAGCAUUA